CCACGCGAGGCUAGUGACUUGGUGGUUUUCACAUUUUAACGUUAACGAGGUACAUUUUCCUCCUACUACACUUGCAGUUUAAAUACACCCCAGCCAGAUACAAGGAAGAGUGUUUCAACUAACACCCCAGCAACCGAGAAAGGAAUUGGGAUUACAGAAAAGUGAUGGAAAUGCAGCCAGCCAGAGCUAUGUGGUAUGACCGAAGGGAUGAAGUCUUUGUGGAGUUUUGUGUAGAAGAUAGCAAAGAUGUCCAAGUCAAAUUCGAGUCAUCAAAACUGAAUUUUAGCUGUUCAAUAGAUAAUGCUAAGCACCAAAAUGAAAUUGAUCUCUUCCAGGCCAUCGAUCCAAGUGCAUCGAAGCACAAGCGCACUGACAGGUCCGUUAAGUGUUGUUUACGGAAGGUUGAAGUGGGGAAGCCUUGGGUGAGGCUAUCGAAAGACAAAAUGAAGAUCAACUGGCUUGGUGUGGACUUCAACAACUGGAAAAACUGGGAGGAUGACUCGGAUGAAGAGUUCUCUAACUACGAUCGCUUCUCAGAGAUGAUGAACAGCAUGGGUGGGGAGGACGAUAUGCCAGACAUGGACCCUGUAGAUGAGGAGGACUCGGCAGAUAGCGAUGAUGAGAAGAUCCCUGACCUGGAGUGAUUGAAAGAAGGUCUGCAUGGCACCUGGAAGCAACGAUUUUCAUAUAAUGUCAGUUGUCCAAGGGGUUACAUUUGGGUCUCAAUUGGACGCUACUUAAAAACAAACUAAACCACAGCAUUUUUUUAAUCAUUAUUAUUAUUAUUUUCAAAUCUUCUCCCAAGUCUCUGUGAAGAUAUCUGCUGGCCAGGUCUUGUUGGACGUGUAGAUGCACAGAGCUUGCCACUGGCCUCAGCAGUCUGGACAUAUCCUGGGUCUGUCUAUUCAGUACCACACCAACUCUUGAGUUUCCAUGGUGUGUUAUGGAGUCAUAAUUCUCGUCCAUUUUUUUUUAACACACAGAAAGACAAAGAAAGAAACAAGGUUGCAGUGGGCCCAUGCGGCUGUCGUAAAUCCUCUCUCUGUUCCCUACCAGUGAGUGUGUCCUGUUAGCUUUCUGUCAGCCCCACACACCAUGAAGUAAAAUGUUUGGCAAUGUGAAGAUGUGAGAGUAUUAUUUUUUUGUUUUAAUUGCCCUCUCCCAACACUGUUCCUCCUACUACUCAAGUGCAGGAUGUAAAUUAUUAUGUUUUUCUGUUAAUUUAUAAAUUGAAAGGGUUCUUUUUGUCUUGCAAGUGAGACUGACAUUUCCUUCAGCAGUGUCUAUGCGUAUGCGUGAUGGCCACAGUUGCCCAGUGGCGUAAGAGACAUGAAUGCAACUGCUUGAUUUGUGCGUUUGUUGGUCAGGUUCUAUUGGUACCACCCUAAGUUGAAUCACUUUUGAAAGACGGGGGAGAAGCGGUGGGGUGCUCUCCCCCCUUGAAGUAAAUCCAUGUACAUAACAGAUAUAUUGCAAAUGCAUCUUAAAUGUCUGUACAAACUAUUGAAUGGUUCCAAGUUAUAAAUGGCUAUGACUCUGUUCUUUUUUCUUUUCUUUUUUUUCGUAACACACCUGAAAGUGUAGCAGGCAUCAAAACACUGAUUGCUUCCAUGAUAUGUUAAGGAUCGAAUGGUUAGAGACGUGCAACGAGCAGCUGGUGAGAACAAAAUAAAAAGACAACAAGAAAAGGAUGGCAUACCAAUAGAUGACCAAAAGUGUAUUUGCACUCGGAAUAUCAAUCAAUGCAAGUGUGAGCAAAGCAAGAUUACACUUAUUACUGUAUCCUGUGCUGAGCUGAGCUGUCUCGGCCCAUUAAAGACUUUUAGUUCAUGCAGUGAGAAUUUUUUUUGUCUACCUAUUUCUAAUAAACGUCUUAAACUGA